ACACCGCCUUUAAUUUCAUAUCAUUUGCAUAUUACCCGCCCUUUUAAAGUUUUCCUAGCCCGUAGUAAUAUCCUUGUUCGGACAGUUGUUUUCACUGGUACGGUCUCUGAGAAUGGACUUUGAAAGUAGGAUUUUUCCCAGAAUAGGCGCUUUUGGACGAUACAACCGUAUCGUGGUUUUCUUCACUUGGAUCCCGAACUUUGCAGUAGCGUUUAACCUCUUUUCCAACGUAUUUUUCACUCUUAUACCCGAAUCAUACCAUUGCGCGCCAGACCCGUCUCUCCUUCCUGCUGCCUGGGCUUUCGGCAACCUGUCUGAACAGGAGAGUCUGAACUUCACUAUUCCUUGGGUGAAAGGAUCCGGUCUGAGUCAUUGUGAAUUGUACAAGUACCCCGCAAACUUCACCAAUUUCUCGGACAGCAUCCCGAGAGAAGUCGUGGCGUGCACAAGAGGAUGGGAGUACGCGGAGGCGGUGGGGCUUCAUAGUAACUAUGUAACACAGUGGGACUUGGUCUGCGGAAGCAGCUGGAAGAUUCCCUUGCAGCACGUCUGCUUCAUGCUGGGCUGGAUGCUCGGCUAUGUUUUGCUUGGUAGCUUUUGUGACAGGUUCGGCCGCCGUCGCGGCUUCCUGCUCUCCAUUGGCCUGUCGGGCUUGCUGGGCGUGGCCAUCUGUCUGGCCAGGGGACCCCUUAUUUUCCUUCUGCUGAGACUCUGCCAGGGGGCCGCACUGUCCGGCGCAUUCCUCUCUGCCUACAUUACACGGCUAGAAAUAUGUGACCCACCUCACCGACUUAUGAUGGCGAUGAUUGGUGGGUUCUUUGCUGUUGGUGCAGAGUUGCUGUUGCCAGGGCUGGCAGUGCUGUGCCGUGAUUGGCCAGUACUGCAAGCUGUGGCCACCCUGCCACUGUUAUUGCUGCUUUCCUAUUGGUGCUGCGCCUCACGCUUCCCUGAGUCUCCUCGCUGGUUUUUGGCCACCUAUCAGAUCUCUCAGGCCAAGAAGGCACUGCAGAACAUCUCCACCCAGAACAGGGUGUUUCUCGGGGAGGAGAUCUACCCAGCUGAGAGCCUGCUGUCAGAGAUUGAUGUGGCAUACCCGGAGGAUUCCCCAGCCCGGUACCACCACAUCCUGGAACUAUGGCACACUCGCAUCAUCUGGAGGAACUGCCUCAUCCUGGGCUUUACUCUGUUCAUAGGCACAGGAAUCCAGUACUGCUUCACCCGGAACCUGCACAGCUUCUCUCCAAAUUUCUACUUCAGCUAUUUUCUGCGGGUGGUGACAGGGGCGGCCGCCUGCGUGCUGCUCUGCCUGUCAGUGGAGCGCUUUGGCCGCAGGGGCAUCCUGCUUCUUUCGGCCAUCGUCACGGGCCUGUCCUCACUCCUGCUGCUGGCCCUCACCCAGUACCUGCAGAGCGGCCUGGUGCUGCUGCUGUCAGUCCUCGGUCUCCUGGCCUCCCAGGCCUUGGCCAUGCUCAGCGUGUUCUUCGGCGGCGAGGUCAUGCCCACCGUGGUCCGGGGUGGGGCCCUGGGCCUGGUCCUGGGUGCAGGCUGUGUUGGCAUGGCAGCCUCCUCCCUCAUAGAGCUCCAGAACAAUGGUGGCUACUUCCUGUACCACGUGGUGUUCGCCUCCUUCGCCGUGCUCUCUGUGCUGUGCGUCAUGCAGCUGCCCGAGAGCAAGCGCAAGCCGCUGCCCGACUCCCUGCAGGACGGCGAGAACCAGCGUCGCCCCCCCCUCUUCCCGGCCCGGGACGAACGAGACGCCCUCCCCCUGCUCAGGACACGGCUAGCCGAUUCUGAUUAUGACCCUGAAAGCUACUCGCGCCUGGUCACCGCCACCAAGAAGAUGCUGGGGAGAGACAGACCGUACAAGACGGCCGCAUCGUCACACUGCCCCCUGCUGGCCACUGAUGAAUGUGCACAGGACGCUCAGGAAGAAAAAGCACUGCACAAAGAAUCCUCCUAAGCCCAUCCCUGGUGUGCCCCCCCCCCCCCCACCCCCCAUCCCCUACCCGCUGUUACCACUAAAACCCGUGGGAGUCUCCUCAUGGGAUCGAAGGGACUACAGUCUGAGCUGGACUCUGACUGCUAUGUCGGGAGUAGUCUGCAGAAACGGAACGGUGCUAUCAGUGUGUCGCUUGAGCCAAAAUUAGAAAUGACCGUUCAGCUGACGGGUGUCGAUCUGAGGCUGUGGGUCAGUGUCUCCCUGCUGUAUCCUUCCUCCAUGCACUGGUACCGUUACGGAGCCUCAUGCUGUGUUUCUGGCACAUUGCUCUCAUUGUUGGCUUGACCGUGCGCCUUAGAUUCAGGAUGCGGUGCAGCACUUGCAUGAAUCUACAGUCUGUUUCACUCCAUCAAAAAAAAAAAAAAAACACUUGUAAGAUCAUCGUUCAUUUGCUCUCAUGUUGACUUUUUCUCCCGGUUUGCUCAUGUUGGUGAAGUGUUUAUUUUGUCAUCGCUCAGUGUCACUGAGAACUAAGUCAACACUGCUGGGGAAAUUUCUGGCAAAAUAAUGCGGGCCCGCAUGUGCGCAGUGCCCUUUGCUUGUGUAAGGAGGAAGCACAAUUUGGUGCUGCAGUAGAUGCAGCCUAGAAGUUCUUGUGUGGUGCGGAGCUGGAGACAGGGCCGUUAGCAUCUUGCGUUAGCGUCAAGCUCUUUAUGGAAGCCUCUGUGCCUCUUAUUUGCCGCGAAACACAACCUUGGUGUGGCCUAAAUGUCUGGAAGCUAUGCUCAUUGCCUCUUGCCUUUGCUGCUCCUUUUCCUCACAUUUAGGUGACUCUGCAUGUUUUGCCUGGAUUGUGGUAGUAAGUGAUGGUUUUUGUAUUUUUAAGAGUGAAAUAUCCUUUUAUUAUUUUGCAAUAAAAUCCUAUGAAAAGA